CCCGCCCCUUCCCGCCUCCCAGGGCCAUCAGCCAUCGCCGAGAUGUUCCCGGGGGCCGCCACCCCCACAGAGGGGGGGAAGGAGGACAGGGGGGAUGAAGAGUCCAGGAAACAGACGCCCAGUCCGUCGCCUCUCUCUGCCCACCAAACCUAUGCCUUCCAGACCGCCAUCCGGAGAGGCCGCUUCAGCGUGGUGAGGCAGUGCCGGGAGAGGGCCAGCGGCCAGGCCCUGGCAGCCAAGAUCAUCCCCUACCGGCCGGAGGACAGGCUGGCCGCCGUCCGAGAGUACGAGGUCCUGAAGGGCGUCCGCCACGCCAACAUCGCGCGGCUGCACGGGGCCUACAUCAGCCCGCGCCACCUGGUUCUCGUCCUGGAGCUGUGUGCCGGUCCGGAGCUGCUCCACUGCUUGGCCCAGAGGGCGACGUACUCGGAGGAGGAGGUGAAGGACUACCUGUGGCAGAUCCUCAGCGCCGUGGACUUCCUCCACGCCCACGGCAUCCUGCAUCUCGACCUGCGGUCCGAGAACAUGAUGGUCACCGAGUACAACCUGCUGAAGAUCCUGGACUUCGGCAACGCCCAGUUCCUCACGGAAGGCGGGGUCACGCCCACCGAGAAGUUCAAGGACUACGUAGAGACCAUGGCUCCCGAACUCCUGGAGGGCCAAGGGGCGAUCCCGCAGACCGACGUCUGGGCCGUGGGAGUGACGGCUUUCAUCAUGCUGAGCGCCGCCUACCCCGUUGGCGACGAGCUGCUGUGCGACCUGCAGAAGGGCCUGAGGAGAAGGAAGAUCCGGCUGAGCCGCUGCUACGCCGGCCUGUCCGGGGGGGCCGUGGCCUUCCUGCAGAGCACCCUCUCCGCCAACCCCUGGGGCAGGCCCUGCGUGCCCAGCUGUCUCCGCUGCCCGUGGCUGGCCGAGGAGGGCGCGGAGCCCGGCCGGCGGCCACCGGUGGCUUUCCCGACGAGACGGCUCCGGGCCUUCGUCAGGGAGCGGGAGAAGAAGCGGGCUCUGCUCUACAAGAAGCACAACCUGGCCGUCGUCCACUGAGGGCCGGACCGGAGGCAGAUUUCAGAGAGCGGCCGGGACCGGGGCGGGCCGGCUGGUUUGUAAAUGUGUGUCGGGGGAGAUUCCGGCCUGCUGCCCUCGAGGGCCACCACCCCUCCUCACCCCCGCCCCCUGCCAGUAAAGAAUCCCAGUUUCCAUCCGUCGGCGGCCACGGUGGGCGUUCCAGAGACCGGGGGGUUUCCGUUAUCGGCCCACAAGGGGAAGUGAGGGCUCGACCUCCUCGGGCGAUGCCCCCCCCUCCCCCACCACCGCCGAGGGCCGCCGGGAGCCGUGGCAGGCGUUGGGUCUCGGGCCCAACACGUGCGGUCUUUCUCCCUCGCACACACUUUGAACGGCCCUGAACCUCCUGACCUGGAGUUAUUCGGUUUCGUAAAAUAAACAGGCCUGUAUCGGAGUGAA